UCCUGGUUCCUUUACCUCAAGGGCUGCUGCAGACGGACUCCAUACCCGAGGUUGGAGAGGAUGCUGCUGCUACGGUCGGUAUGUCUGACAUGCUGUCAGAAGAAGAACAGGACGAGCUGAGAAAAGAACUUGCUAAGGUAGAAGAAGAGAUCCAGACRCUCUCACAAGUACUGGCUGCCAAAGAGAAGCAUCUAGCAGAAAUCAAGAGGAAGCUGGGAAUUAACUCACUGCAGGAAUUCAAGCAGAACAUCACCAAAAGCUGGCAAGAUGUCACGUCGACCACAGCCUACAAGAAGACCUCAGAAACCCUGUCUCAGGCUGGUCAGAAGGCCUCUGCUGCUUUUUCCUCUGUUGGCUCCGUCAUAACCAAGAAGUUUGAAGAUGUCAGUAUACGCUCCAUACAACAUUCAAUUAGCAUGCCUAUUAUGAGAAAUUCUCCAACUUUCAAAUCGUUUGAGGAGAAAGUUGAAAACUUGAAGUCCAAAGUCGGAGGAGGCAAGCCCGCCGGGGGAGACUUUGGAGAGGUCCUGAACUCCGCCGCCAGCGCUAGUGCCACGGAAGCCAUCGCAGAGCAGACGCCGGAGGAGACCCACUGAGCUCCCCGCCGAUGCUGCCGGCCAAACUAAGCACACCCGUAACGUCCUCCGCGCUCCUGCCACCAGAUGUGCUUUUAUUCAGCACCCAGCUGUUUUACCAGAUUAAUUGAUAUCAAGCUUGUUUGAGGGUUUGAGAUAUUUUUUGAAACUAAAAUAUAUUGUUUGGGGGUUUUGUGGGGGAAGGGGAAUUUUUAUGCCUUUCAAGCGUUUAAAGGACUUUUCCCUAAGUUGAAGGCAGCCUUUGAAAUAUAGCAUUGAAAAAGYGCUUUGGAGAAGUUAAUUAUACUGUACAUAUACUGUGGAUACGUAACUUCUUUUCAGUCUGUAACUACUGUUCAACUUAAUCACUGUAAAUCUACUUCUGCCAAACCGAAGCUUGUUACUUCACUUGCUUGUGAUUAUUCCAGUUAAGUGUUGCCUACGUGGGACACGCACCUAGGAAGCUCGCUUCCCACUCAGGAAAGGACUGCUGCUCCGACAUGCUGAAGUUAUUCUCGGCAGGAUUACAGAUAUGUGGGAAUAUGGUGUGUUGAGAGCUUGUUCCUUGUACGGCAGGUGUAGCUUAGGGUAAUGCUCAACACCUGAAAYGUGCUCAUUGCUCUGUGGAUCAGCUACCUGGGGCGUUUUGGGCCAUUGCAAAUGGAAGCAAGAUGCCUAGUAAUGUUGGUCUAGUUCAGGUGCACUAAGCCUGCCCAUGUUUUAUAUGUGAUCUUAAAGUGUGAAGAUACUUAACUGAAAAUUUUAUUGCGUUGUGAGUAGAUUCAUCUGAAACCUGUUUGCACUAGAGAAGCAUGGAGUGUAAGGCAUAAGCCUGGCCAUGAGGGUAUUUUAGUUUUUCUUUUUUGGGCAUCAGUUGCGCUCAAAUGUUUGUCAAGCAACACUGAUGGCCCUGUAGAMUGAGCCUCUAAAAGUAGCUCUGCUCCAUAAUAUAUAUAUAUAUUUUAUGUUAAAGGCCUGCACCCCUUGUGCACCUGCUCCUGCUUGAGGCCACAGGGCUCCGUUUUGAGAGGUGCGCCAAGCCAUGCUGCUGCACAGACAUCUUGCAACAUCUGCCCUCCUACUUGUUGCUUUAUCCACUAUAUGUGCGCUUAAAUUCUUGUAUGCUUCUGGCACGUGGYGUCUGUAAGAUCACAACUUUUGGCAAAUGUUUUAU